AUGUCUUAUGAAUCUUUUACGCUCAAGGACAACGGGGAAUGCCUAAAGCGCGACUACGAUUGCGACGAGCUCGAUUUCAAUGACGAUGAUGACAUUGUGAAUACCACAAGUUUCGAGAAAAACACAUAUGAGUACAACUUGAAGAACAAGCUAAUUAACCGUUAUAAGAAGGACAAAGAUGAUCUGGAUACCAUUUCAAGGAUGGAGAAUUCGGUAAAUAGCUCCACAUUUAUAAAUAGGGAAAAGUAUUAUCUGAAUGACGACAACGCAGAUCUGAAGGCCAGGAUACGUAACUCGCUGUGCAAUAGCAACAACAACUCAAGCGGUCAGAGCAACCACGGCAAUCAUAAUGGCAAUCACAGCAAUUACAACCUGAAUUAUAAUUUCAACAUGGACGCGGCAAAGAGGGAGUCCAAUCUUAAACUGGAGGGAAUACUUCACGAAAACGAUUACCUAAUUCAGUUGAGCAAAUUAAAAAGACACGUAAUAGUAGAAAUUUUUGGUGGAAAGUGUUUCAUAAGGGAAUAUUUAUGCACGGAGUUAUUGAAAAGAGUGAAACAAUGUUGCCACAUAAAUUAUAUAAAACAGAAAAGUGGCUUAAUAAACUAUCGUGACUGCAAACAACUACUUGCAGAAAAUAACAAUAUAGCAAGCAUAGAAGCCCGGUUAAAUGCCAUACUGGUAUCCUUGCCACCAUUAACAUGUAUCAUUUUACACUCUAGUGUUUUCCUAGUCAUAAAAGAAGAUUUAAUUCGAGAUGAUCUAAUAAAGAAGUUAUGUAAUGUAUCCAAAAAAUAUACCAAUUUAUAUAAAGUGGACACGAAAAUUAUGGAGAAAAGACCCUUUGAAUUUAGUGCCCUCGAAUGUGUUUUUUCAAGUACAAUUGAACAUUUAAAUGCAGAAAUGAAGCUCUUAAGUAAGGAUUUUGCAGACAUUAAAUUUACAUUAAAAGUUACCAAUUAUCAAGAUGUGCUGACAAAUUUGCAUAACUUAAAGGAACCAACCAAUAUUUUAAUAAAUAAAGUAAAUUCAUUCAUUAAAGCUUUUCACGAAAUAUCAGAAAAUAAUGCGGAUUUGAAAAAAAUGGAACUAACCAAGUGUUAUUUUAACCCUAUUAAUGGGGAGGAAGACAAUAAGGAGUCAACGAAUCAAGAUCUGCAAAUGCUCCUUGAAUAUUUCGAUCAAGAGCUUCAUCAGAUACAUGAUCAAGUGAAGCAUUUAUAUGAGUUAAUGCAGAACUUGGAAAACAAAUUAGUAUCGGAUUUGUCUCUUUCUAGGAAUAAUUUGAUACGGAUGGAUAUAGUUAUCAGUCUAAUUAAUUCUGGCUUUGGUAUAGGAACACUCAUAACAGGAGUUUUUGGCAUGAACUUGAAAAUAAAGCUGGAGGAACAUGAAUUUGCUUUUAUCUAUGUCACGGGUCUGGUCAUUUUUUUAUGUUUAAUAACUGUAGUCAUGUCUGUUUAUUUUUUUAAGUGUAUUCGAAUUUAG